AUGGAACAGGUGUCAACAGAGAAGGCCUCAGUUCAGCCGCUACGUAAUGUGCCACAAACUGGGAAGGAUUAUACGAAUAGUGUCUCUGGUGGGUCGGGCGAAGUGUUCCGCCGGCAGAAACCGCCGGUGGAGCCUGUGCACGCGGCUGAUGGGGACAUUACGGGGACCGGUUUACGCACCGCAGAUCGCCCCAAGAGCCUCGUAAACGGCAAGCGCACCGUCGGGGAUGUCUAUAGCGAAGGAAGCAGUGACCGUGGGAUGUCGACGUCUGCGCCCGACGACGAUAACGCACAAAGUAUCAAAACUUCUCGCACCAUCCAAGACGCCGGAGAUAACGUAAAAAGCACAAUCAUUACGUCGCGGCUAGCCAACCCCAUCCCUAAUAAGACUUUUGGCAGCACUAAUUAUACUAAUCUCAAGCAAGGCAAAGGAGAAUUCGACGAAUAUUUCCAAGUGAACACACCAUCUUUAUCAAAUAAAAAUUCGCUUACGCACGCGACGCCUCAGCAGAAAAAGGAAAACUUCAGUAAUGCGUCGAAUUACGAUAAUCUCAAUGAAAUAGCAACGACUCCAAGUGAAGAUAUGGGUACACAAGGUACUCUACCUGUCGAUACCACAUCCAUAACGACUCUUUCGAAUCGUUUGAGUGUCCAGUUCAGAGAUGAUAGAUUAGGAAGUCUUCCAAGUAUGUCGACAUAUUUACGUCGAUUUAAUAACAAGGACAUAUCACUGUUCAGCCUUAUCGCAGAAUCUGCAGGUUCGACGUUACAAAAGCCAGACUUGAAUGCCGUCGAGGUGACUGCAGAAAGUAGAGGAGGCAGUCAUAUUAACGAGAAAUACGUCAGCACUACCUCAAGAACAAACGAAAGACCAACGAUUGACCGUAAGUUAGCGAAACAUCACCAGGUUACCGCUCAGUUGCCCAACAAGGUAUCGGAAGAAGUAACAACAGCAACACCAGCAGCACUUACCGUACGUCCUAGCAUUGCUGUGAACGAACAUGUACCAAGUACACAAGGGUAUUUAUGGGAUGAAGGUAUGCAAAACGACGGUCCCGCAAUGGCAAUAACAGCAGCUACAGGUAACGGUGCGAUAACGGAAUCUCUAAGAACUGCGUUGAAGUCCAAGAAAGCAUUACUGUACAAUGACGAGCGUUCCGUAGGAAGUAGUAGACUUACUGUCACGACACCAGUAACGCCAGUUUUAAGCGUGACGCUAAAUAAAGAGGUAACAAGUACAGUCGAAAAGUGGUCUGUUACAUCAGUGUCUAGUACACGGGAACAUAUGUCGGUGAGUGUUCCACCACUUUUGCCCGAAGAGACUAGCAGUAAAUACCGAACCAGGGAGGAUGUUUACACCACUAGUACGGCGGAUUUGUCAGUCAUCAAUGCGGAAACGGAGAAUGAGUUUGACUUUAAGCCAACUGAUGCUAAUCUGGAUGACGACUCGAACGAAACUUUAAUAACGGCCGGCGGUAAUUCGAGCGCAGCGAAAUCGGGCGGGGGCGCGUCGGGGAACGACUCGGUGUCGGGGUGGCCGGUGAAGCUGUCGGCGGUGGUCGAGGGCGAGCUGGUGCUGGGCGGCCUGAUGAUGGUGCACGAGCGCUCCGACACGGUGACGUGCGGGCCCGUGAUGCCGCAGGGCGGCGUGCAGGCGCUCGAGACCAUGCUCUACACGCUGGACAGGAUCAACGCGCCGCCCUCGCUGCUGCCCAACGUCACCAUCGGCGCGCACAUACUCGACGACUGCGACAAGGACACGUACGGGCUGGAGAUGGCGGUCGACUUCAUCAAAGGUAGGUGCCCAACUUGUACUUGA